AUGAUCAGGGAGACAGAAGCCCCCAACCAGACGGUGGUGGACUACUUCUUCCUGGAGGGUCUGAUGUACACAGCUGAACAUCCUAGCCUGUUCUUUCUGCUCUUCCUCCUCAUCUAUAGCAUCACCGUGACGGGGAAUCUGCUCAUUCUCAUCACCGUGGGCUCUGACCCUCACCUCUGCUCCCCCAUGUACCACUUCCUGGGGCACCUGUCCCUCCUGGACGCGUGUCUGUCUACGGUGACAGUGCCCAAGGUCAUGGCAGGCCUCCUGACUCUGGAUGGAAAGGCGAUCUCCUUUGAGGGCUGCGCUCUCCAGCUUUACUGCUUCCACUUCCUGGCCAGCACCGAGUGUUUCCUGUACACAGCCAUGGCCUACGACCGCUACCUGGCUAUCUGCCGACCCCUGCACUACCCGCUGGCCAUGAACAAGCGGCUGUGUGCCGGGCUGGCUGGGAUGACUUGGACCGUAGGUGCUGUGCACUCCGCCCUCCAUACCUGCCUCACCUUCCGCCUGCUCUACUGUGGGCCUCGUCACAUCGCCUACUUCUUCUGUGAUAUCCCGCCAGUGCUGAAGCUGGCCUGUGCAGACACCACCAUCAAUGAGCUUGUCAUGCUUGCCAACAUUGGCAUUGUGGCUGCAGGCUGCCUGAUCCUCAUCGUCAUCUCCUACGUCUUCAUCGCCGCGGCGGUGCUGCGCAUCCGCACAGCGGCGGGCAGGAAGCGCGCCUUCUCGACUUGCACCUCCCACCUCACAGUGGUGCUCCUGUACUACCUGCCCCCCGUCUGCAUCUACCUGCAGCCUCGCUCCAGCGGGGCAGGCGUCGGCGCCCCUGCUGUCUUCUACACCAUAGUCACUCCCAUGCUCAACCCUUUCAUUUACACCCUGCGGAACACAGAGGUGAAGCAGGCUCUGCGAAGACUUCUGAGCCAAGGCGCCAGAGACUCUCCAGCAGACAGCCCACCCCGCUAACCUACGCUGCGAUUCUCUUCAUUUGCCCGCCAAGAAAGCGUCUAUUCCGGUGUCACAAUGGGAAAGGAGCAUCAUUCAAGUGGAAAUCAGAAAAACUGAGUUUCAGCUCAACCAAGAACUUUUUUCCCCUCCCUUCAGCCAACUGACUUCUGUCAAUGUCUGUCACAAACUUUUUAUCUUUAAAACCAAAGGGCUGGGAGAUUUCCCUGGCGGUCCAGCAGUUAAGACUCCACUUCCACUGAAAGGGGUGUGGGUUCAGUCCCUGGUCGGGGAACGGAGAUCCUGCCAUGGCCUCGUGGCAUGCAGAAAACUAAAGGACUGGAUUGGGUGAUCCCCAGAAAAUCUCCAGCACCUAGGUUUUAUGGCUCAGAGAAUCAAAACAAAACACCCAAGUCCUAGUCUCAGCUCUACCACUUAUAAAUUGCAAUUUGGAAUAAGCAUGAACAUCUCUAAACCUCAGUUUCAUCAUCCAUGAGAUGGGAACUAGGAUCCCCUUCCCUAAUUCCCUCACUGUUCUUCCCUGAGGAACACACAGCAUGACAGAUGCAACAGUGCAGAGAAAACUGCAACACGACCUCUAAGAGCAAUCAUGACACCCAGCAAGUUCUCUCUAUUAAUGUGUGAAGUGGGUCUACUGAGCUUCAUGUCACAGGGAGACUUCAAACAGCCCAGGUGAUUUCACCAGGCUCCUACUCACUGAGCAAGAGGAUGUCUCUGCUUCAGGAUGUAAGACUUCUCCACUGAGUGAGCUUUAAUGUUUAAAGGUGCUUAUUUUGUACACCAGACCCAGCAUGUAAAGCAACAACUUCAUCUGGUGCCAGGCUGACUACACAGGGAAAUGUCCCAGUGCUUGAGAGAAAAACCA